CCCAAACGUCCGCACAAAUUGCAUAGAUGUCUCGAACCCCGCUACCGCAAUGGAUGUAUCCCGCAUCCAGUGGUCAACCGUCGGAUGCAAGAUCCUACGCCGCUGGUGACGAUCACCAGAUGUUGACGAUGCCAAAUCGAUUCCACACUCUGGAAGAUCCCCCACGCUUCCUCUAUCCUGACAAUCAGGGCUACGCUCCGACUUAUAUGCAUCCCGCAUCAAACUCCAGGGCUCCUUAUCACGGCAGAACUUGGGACAGCUUCGCAGACCCCAAAUUUAACCCUUCGCCAAUACCGGUUGCCAAUCAUAGUGCCUAUCCUCAGUAUGGGGCCCAAAGGUCAAAUGCCAUGAGAGGCGCGGAGUAUGCCUCUGCUUCAGCCUCUGUCUCUAGCCCUUAUCAGGAUUCCCCCAGUUACAGUCGCGGUUCUAUUGGUUCUAUUUCCGGGACGCGGACAAAUGAUGUGGAGUCUCAGUACAGCAGCAGCUCGGCGACCUUUCCAAGCCCCGUUCACUCAGAGGAGAGCUCGGCAAUGUAUCCUGCGCUCGCACCACCCAUAAAGCCCCAGGCACAACAGCAUCAGCGACACACCACGUCCAGCAUGCCUUCUGGGUUUGAAAGGUUACUUCACCAUUCUCCAACUCCAUCACCGCCGCCACGAAGAACCUCCACGACAUCACGCUAUCACCUCUUCAUUCGACAACAGCCCCUCGCAGCCCGGGCGUGUGGUGCCGGAGACCGAGACCGCCGCCCUGUAGACCCACCUCCAAUUCUGCAGCUGCUAUUAACGGACUUUGACCCCAGCACAUCAGAUGAUAUCGAUAUCCUCCAAGAUCCGCGCUUUACCGUUGGCUGCUUCCUGGUUCCCGAAACGCGAGGAUCGAUCUCGUCCGACAUGGAUGGUGAUAGUGCCCUUCGAGAGGACCGUCUCGGAACUGCUCCCGGCCAAUCUACACCAUUGCUUUCGGGCAAAGCAUUUGUCUCACCUUUCUUUGUCGAUGAAGAUCCUGAUCCAACAACUGCCCCAAAUCAUCCAUCAACAUUUGAUUAUCACCUACCGGAACGAAGAGUUCAACUUGCUCCAUCAACCUCCAAGGGAGCCCAACAGCCCGCAGCAUUCUUCAUAUUCUCUGAUCUCUCCGUACGUACAGCUGGACUGUACCGCUUACAGUUCCGGCUUAUGAAUUGGGGCCUCGUUGAGGACACGGGCCAAUCGAUGCCCGUCCUUGCUGAAGUAUGGUCCGAUCCGUUUCGCGUCUACCCUGCCAAAGACUUUCCCGGAAUGCGAGACUCAUCACGUCUCACAGAGGGUCUAAAGGAAUUAGGCUUUGUCGAACUCAAGACCAGGGGAAAGGGGAAAGGCAAAGGUCGACGGAGGUGACAUGUCAGCGAGAUUGGAUAUGGUACGGAUGAAUGAGUGAACGCAGCGCUGGUCGGGAAUCUUACGGAUUGGUUUGAACUGCUUCUUUUCCCUUCUUUUCUUUUCUUCCCCCCUCCAGUGUUCUUUCCUCUCUCUCUCCCCAUGCCCGCUUGCAAAUCAUGAUCUCUUUUUCUUCCAUGAUAUCUUCACUCGAAUCUGGCUUCUAGAAAGAUGGCUAUGAAAGGUUAUAUAUGAUACUGUUACUAGGUUAUAUUGAUGAGAUAUGGAGUUUGGAUAGGGCACUCAGGUGAAAGAGAUGCAGGCUGUUAGUUGAUAUUUAUGUUGAUGCAAGGAUUAGACAGGAAACUAUAUAUGUCACCAGUCAUUGCUGCAAAGAG